CACUGGCCGGAAUGUAACUAACCAAGAUGCAUGUUCCACUACGGAUUUAAUUUUCGCUACACCUAACUCGCGGCAUGUUUUUCAAAACGGCGUAGCUAGGUUAGCUCGUAGAUAAUGAAAUGUUUGUAUCACAUUGUCACACUCAAGCUUCUAUCGGUUACAUCUUUAAAGUAAAAGGAAUCUUCUGAUAUUGUUGUCUACCACAAUGGAAAGUGAUAUUUUAGAUGUGCUGGAACAAGUUGGGUAUGAAGGACCUCUGCAGACUGAGGAGAGGCUUGUCAGAGCAUGUGAAGGUGGACUUUUAUCAACAGAGUAUGUCAACCUAUGCAUGUGGUUAGCAUCCCGUCUGAAACCGUUAUGUGAUCUGGAAGAGAGCAUUUCUUCAGGUUCAGGUGACACUGAUGGCCUUCAGUUUGAGAUGAGUGGCAUGCUGAAGGAGUUGCAGUGCCCUUAUCAAGGCCUUGUCUCCGGGAUUAUACAGGAAGGGCUGCAGAAUAAGAAAGACUAUCUAAAGCUAGUAUUGUUUUUAUGCUCUGAGCUACAAGCUGCACAGAUAGUAAAGAGACGACCUGCUAAGGACAAAGAACACAAAGACCGAAACGAUCUCCAGGCAAUCUGUGAAACACUGAAGCUCCCAGAGCUAAGAGAGCAGGGAGUAGCAGAGCUGUUCUCUGGGAUAGGGAAAAAGAUAAACGCAGUGCUUCAAGAGCUUCCAAAGGAUCACAUUGGAAAGCCUGUUCUGAAGAACUCUCUCGACAGUGAACAGUUGGAGCGGCUGGAGCAGAUCAACACCGUCCUGUCCUCAGAGUAUGAGUGCCGACGGAGGAUGCUGAUCAAACGUCUCGACGUCACUGUGCAGUCUUUCGGCUGGUCAGAGAGAGCCAAGGAGAGAGUUGAUAGCAUGGCCAGGGCCUACCAGCCUAAGAGACACACCCUGCUCCAGAGUUCAUCUGUAGGCAUGGCUCACCUGUUGGCAGCCAGGGAGGACAUAUGCAACGUGGUGAAGACCAGCAGUGGCUCCAGCAGAGAGAAUACUGCCUGUGCUGUCAAUAAGAUCCUGAUGGGUAGGGUGCCAGAUAGAGGUGGCCGGCCCUCUGAGAUAGACGCCCCUCUCCCUGAGAUGCCAGCCUGGCAGAAGAGACAAGACGGUGGAGGGGGUUGGGGAGGUGGUGGUUGGGGAGGGGGUAAGAGUGGCUGGCGAGGUGGUGGAGCUGGUUGGGGUCAUGGAGGAAAGAGAGGACGUUAUCAAUACUAACUUACCAGGGUUUUUUUUAAACUGAAAAGCCAGACAGUGUUCAAUAGGUGAACUGAAACCUACUCAUGGUUAUAUGUGUCGCUAAGUGCAACACUAAGGCAUUGCUUAUUUGGAGUGAUAGGUACAGAAUGUUACUGUAUGAACUCCAAUUUUUGUCACUGAUUUGUGUUCAUUUUCAGAGUUUUUUUUCAAAGCAAUACCGACAGUAAGUCAAAUUCACUGACCAUUUUUAUAUAGUUUUACGUAUUUUCUGAUUGUAUGUUACUACUUUUAUCAAAUUAACUUUUCGGAAAUUGGAAUUCUGGUAAUGAACUUUUUGAUUUGAAGACUUAAUCUGAUUGACUUGAAUAAUAAAAUGCUUUCUUCAGAUU